AUGCCAGGCCCCAGACCUCGAAAGGGUCCUCAGGCCAGUGGCCAGGGUGUGGCAACGGCCAAGCAGCUGGGGCUGUUUGUGGAGUUCAACCCUGAGGACAUGCUGCUGGGAAUGGAAGAGACUGAAGAUGAUGGGGACCUGGAGGCAGAGUUGCUGGCCCUCACCGGAGAGGCGGGGACCCCAGGCAAGAAGCCAGCACCCAAGGGGCAGGCCCCUCUGCCCAUGGCUGACAUUGAGAAGUUGGCAGCGGAUUGUAUGCGGGAUGUGGAGGAGGAGGAGGAGGAAGAGGAAGGGCUGGAGGAGGAUGCAGACCUGCUGACGGAGCUACAGGAGGUCUUGGGUACAGAGGAGGAGGAGGAGGCUGGGGCCCUGGAUGAUGACGAGGCAGCCAGCUUGGGUGGCCAUGAUGAGAAGGGGCAGGAAAACAUUGACCCUCCAGUACAGACAGCCUUCCUAACAGCUCCAGUCCCAGCGGCUCAGUCUGGAAGGUCUGAGGGACUGCAGGCUCUGCUGGUGGAGCGGAUCCACAACUACCAGGCGGCAGCGGCCAGUGCCAAGGAGGCAGGGGAAGCAGCCAAGGCGAGGCGCUGUGAGCGUGGAUUAAAGACUCUGGAGUCCCAGCUGGCAGCUGUGAAGAAAGGCAGGAAGAUCAAUGAAGAUGAGAUCCCACCUCCAGUAGCCUUGGGCAAGAGGCCCCCGGCCUCCCAGGAAGUAGUUGACAGGAGCCCUGAUGCAGAUGCCCCAGCGCCCCCGGCUGCAGAGCCAGACAUCCCAUCCCAGCCUGAGACAAGCCCUCUGAGCAGCCCUGCCAUUUCUGCCCCACUGGAUGUAGACCCUGACCAGCGGGCCCAGCUUUUGGCCCGGCAGAAAGAGUACAAGGUGGCUGCACUCACUGCCAAGCGGGCUGGAGAUCUGGAUCGUGCCCGAGAGCUCUUAAGGAUCGGGAAGAGAGUUGGUACCAUCUUGGAGUCUUUGAAUCAGGGUCAGCCCGUGGACCUGAGUGCCUUGCCUCCAGCACCUGAAAACCUGAUGGCACAGGUUUCCAAAGCCCCCACAGCACCCUCAGUCAUACCCCCGGUGGUGGAGCGAGUGCAGCCCGUGAUGGCCCCUGAUGCCCCAGCAACCCCAGUGGCCCCUGCAGGGCCACAGACAGUGCUGGAUGCCCUGCAGCAGAGGCUGAACAAGUACCGGGAGGCGGGCAUCCAGGCCCGGGGCAGUGGGGACGAGCGCAAGGCCCGGAUGCAUGAGCGCAUCGCCAAGCAAUAUCAAGAUGCCAUCCGAUUGCACCGAGCAGGCAGGAAAGUUGACUUUGCUGAACUGCCUGUUCCUCCAGGAUUCCCCCCAAUCCCUGGCCUGGAGCCCCCUACAGGCACCACAGAGGAUGCAGUGGCAGCUACUCUAGCAGCUGCCCAGAAACUGGCCACGUCAGAGGAUGCAGCCCCAAUGGAGGAAGAUGAGAGCCCAAGUCUGAGAGCAGAACCCCCUAUGACAGCCUUUUGGGACCUGCAGGAUGAGUCCCCAGCCCAGGCCGCAGUGGCAAAGAAACCAGCACAGCCUCCAGUCCCUUCAUCCCAACCGUUGCCUGAGCCUAAGGCUGCAAGUUCUAGGGAGUCACUGAGUCCAUCUGUGCGGGAGCAGCUGGCACUUCUAGAGGCACGGAAACUGCAGUACCAGCGGGCAGCCCUGCAGGCCAAGCGUGGCCAGAACUUGGAGCAGGCAAAGGCCCAUCUGCGGGUGGCCAAAGGCCUUGAGGCCCAGAUCAUGCAGCUCCGAGCUGGCCGCCCUGUCAGCCUCUCUAAGGUGCCUUCACCCUUGACGGAUGAGGAGAGUGACUUCAUCCUCAUCCACCACGAGGACCUGCGACUUUCCCAGAAGGCUGAGGAGGUAUAUGCCCAGCUACAGAAAAUGCUUCUGGAGCAGCAUGAGAAGUGCCUGCUGUUCUCCAAGCAGUUCAUGCACCAGGGCAAUGUAGUUGAGACCACUCGGUUUGAGAAGCUGGCUCAGGACCGCAAAAAGCAGCUUGAGAUCCUGCAGCUGGCCCAGGCCCAGGGUCUUGACCCACCCAGCCACCACUUUGAGUUGAAGACAUUCCAGACUGUAAGGAUCUUCUCAGAACUCAGCAGCACAGAAAUGCAUUUGAUCAUUGUCCGGGGAAUGAACCUCCCAGCCCCUCCAGGGGUGACCCCUGAUGACUUGGAUGCUUUUGUGCGGUUUGAGUUCCACUACCCUAACUCGGACCAGGCUCAAAAAAGCAAAACAGCUGUGGUGAAGAACACAAACUCCCCAGAAUUUGAUCAACUCUUCAAACUAAGCAUCAACCGAAACCACCGGGGCUUCAGGAGAGUGAUCCAAAGCAAAGGAAUCAAGUUUGAAAUCUUCCACAAAGGGUCCUUCUUCAGAAGCGACAAGCUGGUCGGCACAGCCCACCUGAAGCUGGAGCGGCUGGAGAAUGAGUGUGAGAUCAGAGAGAUUGUGGAGGUCCUGGACGGAAGGAAGCCCACUGGGGGGAAGCUGGAGGUGAAGGUGAGGCUGCGGGAGCCUCUGAGUGGCCAGGACACACAGACGGUCACCGAGAACUGGCUGGUCCUGGAGCCCAGGGGCCUGUGA